CGUCCUUCAUGCUUUCAUAGAUGCGGCCUAUCUGACACUCCUGAUCACUCUCCUUAAUUUAGUACCUGUUGCGGUUGGGCUUCUGCACAUACAAAGGCGCGCUUGCAUUCUUACAAAGUUUUGUGUUCCUUACGAGAUAGCUUUGCGAUGGCGUCACAAUUUUCAGCCUCUUUGCCGGAUGGUCACGACCAUGGGGAAUCAGAGGAAGUCAUUCGGGAGCAAGCGCUGGCUGAAAGCGGGCAGUCGCAAGCCAUGUACAACUAUAGCCAAAAGCUGAUGGAGCGCAAAGAGCGUGAGCUCAUGGAGAGCAUUGCAAAGAACUACGGCCGCAUCCGCGAGGUGGAGCGCGAGUUGGGCAACCUGCAGCUGCAGCUCAAGCUGACCGCGGGCCCCAAGAAGCUGGCGCUCGAGGUGUUGCGGCGCAAGAUUGAAGAGCAGAACGAGCGGGUGGCGUACGUGAGGGCCAAGCACACCACGGCUAAGGCGACGUACGAGCGGCUGGAUGCCGAGUUGAAGCAGGAGGAGGCGGCCAAGGAGCAGCUGUGCCAGGAGCUGAAUAUGCUGGUGCAGCAGGCGGCGAGGGCGCAGAUGGACAAGCUGGAGCAGCUCAAGACGCAACUGGAGUCGCUCUACGCCGGGGUGCUGCCCGGCGACGUGGCUCAACCGCAACAGCAACCGUCGUCUCCCGCGGGACCUUCGGGCUCGGCAGCCGCAGGGGCGGGGGCUCAGGCCCAGCAGAACGCAACGGGGAGCGGUGCGGCCUCAGCCGGGCCAGCACCCGCUGCUGAGCCCGAAUCUCAGCAGCAGCAGCAACAACGGCAAGAACAGGAGCGGCAGGAGCAGGAACGGAAGCGGCAGGAAGCGGAGGCAGCGGAACGGCGGCGGAGG